AUGCCCACCCAACAACGGCGCCCACCAUCUUCGGCAUCAUCAUCGUCUCGGGCAACCCGCAGUCGGGAUAUCGAACAAGUAGACGAGGAAAUAGUAUUCGAUAGGAUCCACCCGAGCUUCAUGAUUCCCGAUCUUUUCACACAGCCCCCGCCCGAUGAGACCGUCGAGGCGUGUCUUCCGUUCCUGACCGGGGAGGAUGGGGAAAACGAGUGCAACGAGCACGGGGUGCCCGGUAUCGACCGGGCGAGGCAUGUUCGGUUCUUGCAUCAGUGCUUGGGGAAGCUUCCCGCCCGCUUCGUGGCCGCCGACGCCAGCAGGCCGUGGUUCCUGUACUGGUGUCUGUCGGCGCUCACCAUGCUCGGGGAGGACGUGACGUCUUACCGGGAUUCCAUCAUUCAGACUGCGCGCUCGAUGCAGAACGACACGGGAGGAUUCGGUGGCGGCGGCAGGCAGCUCUCUCACAUAGCGACCACCUAUGCCGUCGUUCUGUCACUUGCCUUGGUCGGAGGCGAGGAAGCAUAUGAAGUCGUCGAUCGGAAGGCGAUGUGGAGGUGGCUCGGGAGUUUGAAGCAGCCGGAUGGCGGAUUUCAGGUUUUUGUCGGGGGCGAGCAGGACAUCAGGGGGGCAUACUGCGCAGCGGUCAUCAUCUCACUGCUGCGUCUCCCGCUGGAUCUCGCACCCGAGUCGCCGGCAUAUACAGGAGACAGCAGUGCCAACCUCCUCACCGGUGUCGCUCAGUAUGUACGACGAUGCCAAACAUUUGAAGGCGGCAUAUCAGGCCAGCCAAAUGCCGAAGCCCACGGGGCAUACGCUUUCUGCGCGCUAGCUUGCCUCGCACUCCUCGACCACCCAGGCCGCAGCAUCCCUAGCUAUCUCGACGUUCCACGGUUGAUCGCCUGGCUGUCAUCACGGCAGUAUGCACCCGAGGGGGGCUUCUCCGGGCGCACCAACAAGCUGGUCGACGGCUGCUACAGUCACUGGGUCGGCGGAUGCUUUCCACUCAUCGAAGCAUGCCUCAACAGCAACCCCAGCCGCAGCAGCAGCGGUGGAGCCGUGGCCGCAGACGACCCGACCGCCACCGCCACCGCAACCACUCCCACCAUCACCAAGACUAGUCUGCCGCCAGCAGACGAGAGCCUAUUCAGCCGAGAAGGCCUGAUACGGUACAUCCUCUGCUGCUGCCAAGACCAGACCAAACGGGGCGGCCUGCGCGACAAACCCGGAAAGAUGUCAGACGCCUACCACUCCUGCUACGUCCUGUCCGGCCUCAGCUCGGCCCAGCACCAGUGGGAGCUGGACGAGCUCGAGCCUGACGCGCAGCCCGACGCCGCCGCCGCCGCCGCCGCCGAGCCCAACGAUGCAGCAGCAUCGGCGGGACCAAACAAGCAAGCGGACCUGGAAGCGGUGUGGGCCGUCCUGCCCUACCUCGACGGCCUGCAGGUCUUCGACAACAAGGACCGCGUGCGCCCGAUCCACCCCGUCUACGCCAUCCCGCAGCCGACCGUGAGGGCCAUUCAGGCGUAUUUCGCGGAGAGGCCGGGGUUCUGA